GCAGAGGAGGUUGUGGCGGUGGCUGGAAAAAGCGGUGGCGGAGGAUGGAGGAAGGAGGAGGCGGCGUACGGAGUCUGGUCCCGGGCGGGCCGGUGUUACUGGUCCUCUGCGGCCUCCUGGAGGCGUCUCGCGGCGGCCGAGCCCUCCCUCAACUCAGCGAUGACAUCCCUUUCCGAGUCAAUUGGCCCGGCACCGAGUUCUCUCUGGUCAGUAAUACCUUGUUAUAUAAAAAAACAAAUCACUUACUCGUCACUCCUGCCACUGCCAUAAAGAAACACUAUAAAUGCACCUACUUUCCCCUUGUCGACAGUGGGGACUGAGGUACACAAAAGGAUUAUAAAGGCCCUAAUCCAAGAGAACUUUUGGAACCACUAUUUAAACAAAGCAGUUGUUCCUAUAGAAUUGAGUCUUAUUGGACUUAUGAAGUAUGUCACGGAAAACACAUUCGGCAGUACCAUGAAGAGAAAGAAACUGGUCAGAAAAUAAAUAUUCACGAGUACUACCUUGGGAAUAUGUUGGCCAAGAACCUUCUAUUUGAAAAAGAACGAGAAGCAGAAGAAAAGGAAAAAUCAAAUGAGAUUCCCACUAAAAAUAUCGAAGGUCAGAUGACACCAUACUAUCCUGUGGGAAUGGGAAAUGGUACACCUUGUAGUUUGAAACAGAACCGGCCCAGAUCAAGUACUGUGAUGUACAUAUGUCAUCCUGAAUCUAAGCAUGAAAUUCUUUCAGUAGCUGAAGUUACAACUUGUGAAUAUGAAGUUGUCAUUUUGACACCACUCUUGUGCAGUCAUCCUAAAUAUAGGUUCAGAGCAUCUCCUGUGAAUGACAUAUUUUGUCAAUCACUGCCAGGAUCGCCAUUUAAGCCCCUCACCCUGAGGCAGUUGGAGCAGCAGGAAGAAAUACUAAGGGUGCCUUUUAGGAGAAAUAAAGAGGAAGAUUUGCAAUCAACAAAAGAAGAGAGAUUUCCAGCGAUCCACAAGUCCAUUGCUAUUGGCUCUCAGCCAAUCCUCACUGUUGGGACAACCCACAUAUCCAAAUUGACAGAUGACCAGCUCAUAAAAGAGUUUCUUAGUGGUUCUUACUGCUUUCAUGGGGGUGUUGGUUGGUGGAAAUAUGAAUUCUGCUAUGGCAAACAUGUACAUCAAUACCAUGAGGACAAGGACAGUGGGAAAACCUCUGUGGUUGUCGGGACAUGGAACCAAGAAGAGCAUAUUGAAUGGGCUAAGAAGAAUACUGCUAGAGCUUAUCAUCUUCAAGAUGAUGGUACCCAGACAGUCAGGAUGGUGUCACAUUUUUAUGGAAAUGGAGAUAUUUGUGAUAUAACUGACAAACCAAGACAGGUGACUGUAAAACUAAAGUGUAAAGAAUCAGAUUCGCCUCACGCUGUUACUGUAUAUAUGCUAGAGCCUCACUCCUGUCAAUAUAUUCUUGGGGUUGAAUCUCCAGUGAUCUGUAAAAUCUUAGAUACAGCAGAUGAAAAUGGACUUCUUUCUCUCCCCAACUAAAGGAUAUUCAAGUUAGGGGAAAGAAAAGAUCAUUGAAAGCCAUGAUAAUUUCUGUCCGACCGUGUCUCAUUAUAGAGUUCUCAGCCAUUGGACCUCUUCUAAAAGAUCGUAUAAAAUGACUCUCAAACACUUUGUGAAUAUAUAUGUGUAUAUAAGAGGUUAUUGAUAAACUUCUAAGGCAGACAUUUGGCUCGCUUUUUUUCAUUUUUAUUGUGUCUUAUAAACUGAUUGUUUUUCUUUGCUUGGAUACUGUGAUUCCAAAAUAAAUCUCAUCCAAGCAAGUUAGAGUCCAGCCUAAUCAAAUGUCAUAAUUGUUGUACCUAUUGAAAGUUUUUAAAUAAUAGAUUUAUUAUGUAAAUUAUAAUGUAUAUAACUAGCUAAUGAAGUAAAAUUCAUGAAGAAAGAAAUUGAUAGGUUUAAAUGAGAGACCAUGUAAAAUAUGUAAAUUCUAGUGCCUGAAAUCCUUUCAACAGAUUUUUAUAUAGCGACUGCUCUCUGCAAGGUGUUAAAGUAGAAACUGGGCACAUGGUAGAGGCUCACAUGGGAGUUGUCCUCACCCUUGUUAAUCUUAAGAAACUCUUAUUUAUAAUAGGUUGCUUCUCUCUCAGAACUUUUAUCUAUUUUUUCUUCUUAUGAGUAUGUUUACUCUCAGAGUAUCUAUCUGAUGUAGACAGUUGGUGAUGCUUCUCUGAGACUCAGAAUGGUUUGCUCUAACAAAACACUGUGCUGUAUAUCCCUUGUACUUGCCUACUGUAAUAUAGAUUUCACUUCUGAACAGUUUACAGCACAAUAUUUAUUUUAAAGUGAAUAAAAUGUCCACAAGCAGUGUUGUCAUGUA